UAGGGCGUCUCGUGCUGGGUGGUGCGGCGCGAAGUGUUUGCGUAGCGCGAGACGGUGUUUUUGUUGUGCUGAACAGCUGAACGCAGGAUUGCAGUUCCAGUUUGACAAGGGAGAGGGAAAGCCCCAGUCGCCCGCUCGCUCGCUCUCUAGUAGUGCAACAGUAGAACGGACACCCCACACGCAUACAUCGCGUGCACGGAGACAUGCCGAUUGCAGUUGGUGCUCGCUCUACGGACUAGGCUGAAUUGCAGCUCCCUCAUCACUGUCAGGUGCCAUUAUGGAGUGUUUUCUAACAUGAUUGGAGAUCAAUCUGAAGAGAUCAUUUGGAUGCUGCCCAUUCACCAUCCAAUGGGAGCCACUCCCUGAAGCCCGCACCAUGAAAACAGCUGAGAAAUAAGCACAAGCAGCACAGAGCCUGCAGAGUAUUGAUCUUUGAAGAACUGAGUGUGAGAGAAAAAGAAUACAGAGGUGUUGGAGGAUCACAUCGGCUCAUCAAUCCGUUUGCCAAGGCAUAACUGUAUGCUUUUAGUCAGACUCAAGAAAGACCUGUGUCCAGACUUAAGAUGUAUUCAUCACUGAAGCAGGCUGAAUGGACAGGAAGUGACUCAGUACUUCACCUGCAUGACUACAGUGACACUCGGGGUACUUUUAAUGAUGUCCUUGUCAUUCAACUUAAAUGACUUUUGGAUCACAACGGAAUUACACUCAAUCAAUGAAGGGCUGGACUGCCUUGUAACAUAUCACUGAAAACAAAAGGAGGCACAACUUAAAGCCUUUAGACUCUCUGCCAAUGUCUCUGUGGUCAGGUGGAUCCCACUGGUCUUGUCACUGAGUCAAUGUGGCAAGACAACCUGGCUCUCGGAGUAGCAUUAGUGUAGUUUACGUGAGGCCUCCUCCCCACUCUAUGGAGGCUGAGCAUAGCCGCCUGACCGAAGGGGAGCAGUCGGGAGGGCAGCCAUCACAGCAGCAACAGCAGCAUCCUCAUCUCUCCGAGCCACAGGUUUUAGCCAGUUUGCCUCACUCACCCCACCUCAAGUCACAGCAGAGGGCUGCAUCCAGAUCAGUACAUGGAUACUUUGUUCGUCGCCAGCACCGUCAACCAAAACGGAGUGACAUGCUCCAAGGACUGCACCAGCAGCAACAGCAACAGCAGCAGCGCAACCAGGUGUCCGAGGCAGGGACAGCAUCUUGGCAGCUUCAAAAUGUUCCCGGUCCCUCAAGUAGCAGCUUCAGAGCCCCUUCCUCUGUCACCUCAUCAUCCACAGUAUCAUCAUCGUCCAACCCGGUGCAACCCUCUCAGGGGGCCUCAUCUCAGCAGGGGCAAGAGGGGCAGGAAGGGGGUGCCCCCUCCAGGCGGGAGCGAAAGCCUCAGAAGCCAGGGAAGUACGUUUGCACUUACUGUGGCCGUCCAUGUGCCAAGCCCAGCGUUCUACAGAAACACAUCCGCUCCCACACAGGGGAGCGACCUUACCCUUGUGUCCCCUGUGGCUUCUCGUUCAAAACCAAAAGCAACCUGUACAAGCACCGCAAGUCCCACGCCCACCGGAUUAAAGUGGGCUCGGUGUCCAGUCGCGAUGAUCACGGCGUGAGUGGUCCAGAAGGAGGAGCUGGGGGAGACGAGCAGGGGGACCCUACGGAAGGAGAGAGCACUGACUCAGAGGACGAAACCGGUCGUCACCAUCCAUCCACCUCCCAGGACAGGCCAACUCUUAAGAAAAGUAGCCACGUUGAACUGUCGUUCUCGGAGGACAGCCUCAGGCCCGAGGCCGUUAAGCAGAGACUGGCAAUGCGGCUGAGUGAGAGGAACCGCCUGCCCAAAGCUUUGCCCGAUGAACACACGUCCUCACUUGGUCCAGGAAGCAAAGGCAGCACAGAGUCUGGAUACUACUCCUCUCUCUCAGGAAGCUCCGACCUCUCUCAGGUCAGCUCUCCCAAUGCCAAUGCCAAAAGCUACGCAGAAAUUAUUCUGGGUAAAUACGGGAGACUUGGCCAGCAGCCACGGAGCCCACAGCAGCAGCCCCCACAGACAUCCUCUGUCUCCUCCUCUCUGCCAUCGGGACCUGAAGAGAAAACAAUCCCCUUCACCGUGCCAAAGGUCAUAGAGCACAUCACCAAACUCAUCACCAUCAAUGAGGCAGUAGUCGACACAAGUGAAAUUGAUAGUGUCAAACCGAGACGUUCCUCCGUAUCCAGGAGGGAUAGCAUUGAGUUCCCCAAGUUCUCAUCCCCCAAGGAGAUCAGUGAUGCUGGCACCAUCAGUGGACAUUCAUCGCAUGGUGUUUACUCUAGCGAAAUGCUCUCUCCCAUGUCAUCAGAUUCGGAAUUCCUCUCCAGUCAGGGCUUAAGCUCAGUCUUCCUGAGAAGUCACUCCAUGCCCUCACCAGCUGGCCAGGAAGACCCUGCAAGCACUUCGUCCUGUGGCUUCCGUCUCUGCCAGUCGUUCGAUGAACAACAGGGUCGGGAAAUGCGGGUUGCCCACCACCACCGAAUGUUACGACGUCAGCCAGCCAUUGAGGUCCCCCUUGGGGGAGAGCUUAUUCCCACAGAGUCUGGAGUCUCCACAUCCGUCGCUAAGGAUGCAGUAAUGGGACUGCGGCAGUUCAAGGGCCUUAUCAUCUACGAUUGCGAGGCCUGCGGUACUUCCUGGAAGGAGCAGGAAAGUUACGAGGCUCACAGAGAUCUGUGCGUGGGGCGACUUUCACAGGAACUGCCAAAAGGGAAGGAGGCCAUUGCUUUCCGUGAAGAUAGGCCGCAGAUGAUGCAAAACAAGUUCAGGGCCCUGGCGAUGGCUAUGCGGAAAAGGAGAAAAGAGGAAAGUCUGGAGGAGGACCCCCCAAGUCCAGGACCAGCAGCAGUUACUUUCAGCCACGAAGCCAUGAAAUCUUUACCUGGGGUAGAGAAACAUACAGACUUCCCUAUAGGUGUCAUCUGUGAAGCUGAACAAGAACGGAAAACCACCUGGAAAGAAAUCUCUGUGAUCCAACAUACAAGCUCUUUCGAAAAGCAAGAGAGCAUGUCCAUGGAGAGCCAGGAGACAGAGUUUGAAGAACAACUUCAGCAAACAGAGCAACAGCCAAAAUCGUCUCCCAUUGCAUCCCGGCUGGUCCGUCAGUCCAACAUUCAAGUGCCAGAAAUCCUGGUCACCGAGGAGCCAGACACAGACAUGGUGUUAUCCUCUCCACCAGUUGUUCCAUCAUCCUCCAAGGAGCCAGAGAAGGUAGAGGAGUUCCAGUGGCCUCAACGUAGCCAGAGUCUGGCUCAGCUCCCCGCCGAGAAGCUACCACCAAAGAAGAAACGCCUGCGCUUAGCUGAAGCCUCCCAGUCCUCGGGGGAGUCCAGCUUCGAGUCGGUCUCCCUAUCCCGCAGCCCAAGUCAGGAGAGCAGCGUCUCUCACACCUCUAGUCGUUCUGCCUCUUUUGAGGAUUCAAGCAAGCCUGAAUCAGAAAUGCAGAUGGCGAAGGGCUCACAUGGUUCUCAUAUGUUGACUGUACCUUCAGGGCAUCAUCAGCACCAUUACUCUCAUAGGGAGAUGCGGCGAUCAGCCUCAGAACAGACCCCUGCCAGUCCACCGCACCCGUCUCAAAUAGUGGAGUCCAGGAGCAAGUCUUUUGACUACGGCUCCUUGUCACCUCAACAGAGUUCAGCCUCCUGGAAAGAGAGGCGGAAAUGCCUCCUGGUGAAGCACGCUACUCUCGGGGAGCCCGAUCAGGAGGAUAUCUCUACAGGGCAGCUUGUCAAACUGAGCAGUCCCAAAGUUUACCGAUCCUACCCCAGCCCACCAACUUUUGCACCUGAGGACUAUAGUAUGACUAACAUUAGCACUUCAUCUAGGCUGAGCUCAGAGUCCAUAGGGAAGACCCUGCAGCUGUUUCAGCCACCACUUCUGCCCAUUCCACAGACUCCUUUACCCUUUCAUCCAGUUGGGCCUGAGGCCUUUACUCCCAGGCAUUUGGCAAGGUUCUUGCCUGUGACCACAGCGAUAUCUGACGUCUUGUCUACCCAGUUUCUUCACAGGGCUUUCCUUCAGGCACCUUCCCCUCAGUUCCACCCAACACAGCUGAACAUCACAGAACGCCUUGGAUUCCCCCUCCAGCCUCUGCAGUCUCUACUACCUCUGCAUGGCCAGAGUGACAUCACCCAGGCAGUUUACUUCCCCAUGCCAGGUGGUCUGACCAUUCAGGUGCCAGCAGAGCUCCCUUAUAGAAACCCACAGCCAUCUUCUAGUGUCCUGAGCUCUGGAACAGCCAACCAGCAACUCAUGCCUUCCCACCCUCAUCCUCGACCCAUCAUAGCCCCUUGUCUGGAACAGUUCACGCCUGUGGUGUCGUUAGUGGUUCCCGUCCGCCUUCAGACGCACAUUCCUACCUAUGCCAGUGCCAUGUACACCACCCUCUCCCAGAUUUUGGUCACAACCCGGUCUCAAGAGCCAAUCUGCUGCACAGCCAUGGUCAUCAUGGGACAGCUGGAGGAGAGUAAGCUGCAGAGAUCUUACCUGAAGAUCCCCAGCCCACAUUUUAAGACCUGCCUACCCAUGUCUCUUGAGUAUAGUGUGGGAGCAGGGUCAGAUGAGGGUCCAUUGGGAGCUGGCGGAAGCAAGCGUAUGCUCUCCCCAGCGGGAAGUCUUGAGCUUAGCUCUGAAGCCCAGCGGCAGCAAAAAAGGGUGAAGGAGGAAGAGGAGUAUGAUGAGGAAGAUGAGGAGGAGGAAGAAGAAGAAGAUAAGGGCAGGAGUAAAGAUGCAACUGAGCCAGAGAAGAAGGUAGAUCCUGUCCGACACCUCAAAAUGGAGCAGGCGAAAGAGAAAUCAAGAGUAGUGGGAGAAAUGUCACAAGAGGGCGGGGGAAAAGUUGAAAUGAAAGAACGAGAGAAGGCAGCUGGAGCAACCAGGCAGGAGUCAUCCCGGGUAAACAUGGAUACCCUCAAGAAAGAGGAAAGGGAAGAUGAGGGUCAUGGAAAGACACAUUGGAUUGAAGGUGUAGCGAGGUCCAAACAGCCCACCUAUCCUAGCCUCCACACCACCACCUCAGUAAGCUGGUGCUACUUGAACUACAUUAAGCCCAACCCGACCACACAGCAGGAUCCACAGACAUCUGUGUACUCCUCCUGGUCUAUUAGCUUGCAUAACCCCAAUCUGCCAGGCCUGUCCACCAAGAUGGUGAUGUCUCUACUUCACUCCAAGCAGAAGCACAGUCUUGAGACCUACACCAUGGCAAUGGCACCGCCACCAUCUGUCGGCAAGCUUGUAACUUCCAGCAACAGAAAUCCCAGAGUGUCAGAGGUACAUUCAGCUCCACCCAGCACGCCUGUCAAAGUGAAGGAAGAGCCAUCUCAAGAGAAUAAGGAAACAAAGGCCAAAAGUGAGGAAGAGUCACCUUCUGCCUCGAAACAGAGUGAACCUCCCCGCAUUCGCAUCUUUGAGGGCGGGUACAAGUCCAAUGAGGAGUAUGUGUACGUGCGAGGGAGGGGCAGGGGGAAGUACGUGUGUGGCGAGUGUGGCAUUCGCUGCAAGAAGCCAAGCAUGCUGAAGAAGCACAUCCGCACUCACACCGACGUCCGGCCCUACGUCUGCAAGCACUGCAACUUCGCCUUCAAAACCAAAGGGAACCUCACCAAGCAUAUGAAGUCCAAGGCUCACAGCAAAAAAUGUCUGGAGAUGGGCAUAUCUGGGUCCUCGCUGGACGAUCCUGAUGAAGCAGGGGGCAGUGAAGAGCCAGCAUUCGGAUCCGAGGAUCCCGAGGAGCACCAGUUCUCCGACAUUGAGGAUUCCGAGGAGGGCGACGAUAACGAGGAGGAGGACGAGGACGACGACUGCUCCUCCCACGACGACCCGCCGUCCUCCUGCUCCACCGACACCCGUCCGUCCACCGGAGGCCAGUCUGACAGCGGCCAGAGUCUGCAGCUGGACCUCCCAGAGCACUCCUCCUUUCCCCACUCCAGUGGCAGCAGCCACGACUACCCUUCCCCGCGGAGGCCAUGGCCUGGCACACGCGCUGCCUCCCCCGGCAGCAAGAGGGCGAUGUUCUCGCGGCGGCGCUGGGAGGCCUCCCCGCGGGCCUUCUCCCCGGCCCGAGAGGGCGCCUCCGGCUCUGCGUUCCGCAGCCUCUCGCCGCGCCUGGAGCUGUCCUCGCCCAGCCGUCACCUCUCGCCGUCCCCGGAGCGUGGGCCCUCGCCCUCCCCCAUCAGGCCCCUGUCCCCCCUGCGGCCCCUGUCCCCGAUGCGGCCCCUGUCCCCAGGACACUACCGCAGCUCCAGGGCCAUGCUCACCCCCUCCCCGCUGCGGGCGCAGCACUACAGGCACCACAGCUCCCCCGCACACCUCCCCUGGGACUCCACCUGCACACACACCACACGCUCCGAGCCUCGACAGGAGAGACCUGGAACCCCACGCGAUGGGCUGACCAUCCCCGAGGCUUCUCUGUUCCCUCCUGCUCUCCGCCUCCCCUCCAGCUCCACUUUCGGGUCCGGGUUCGGCUCUGUGUUCGGGUCCGAGCCCGUGCCCGCUGGCGCCCCCAGGAUGGUGAACCACAUGUUCAGCCACCUCCCGCUCCACUCGCAGGACCAGGCACGCAUGCCCUACCACAUGAUCCCCAUCGGGGGCAUCCAGAUGGUGCAGGCGCGGCCUCGAGCCAAACUGGAGAGGAAUCCGUCGUCCACCGUCUCCUCGCCCACGUCUCCUAAAGAGGACAUCGCGUUGUUCUAUGUCACGUCGCCGGGGACCAGCGACGCCCGGACUCCAAAAGACUACAAAUCCCACACCUCGCACGAGGGCAGCCGCCAGCCGGGGCCAGGCUUUCCAGGUGUCAGCUCCACACUCCCAACCGUGGCCAGUUUACAGCCUGGCAAGCAGAAGCCGGACACGACGGAACGCAAACAGCAUGGCAGCUUACACACACACACGUCCCCUACAGGCACACACUCGUUAGUUACUGAGCGAACGGACGCCCCGGAGCAGAUCACCCACAGACUCUCUGACCUGAGGGUGUCCUCUUUCUCCUCCAAUCAGAGGACUAGACAGCUGCCUGAUAGGGAGGAGCCUCCGUCAAGGCGAGGCUCCUCAUUGGCUGAGAGAGAGGAAGAGGGAGGGGACUUCACCAGUGCAAGCAGAAGGAGGGGCUGCAGCCAGGCAGACACUUAGCCUGCGUUUCAUAUCUCUGCUUGCUCUUUCACGCUCUAUCUGGCUUACCUUACUGCUCUUCUCUCUCUUUUUUGUAAUGGUUUUGUUUUUUUUUAUAAACAAUUUCAGUACUAUUGUUAACUUAAAUGUUUGUUCUUGCAAUAUUCAGGAUUGUUAUAAAAUGCACUUUCUUUUCUUUGAGAUGAUAAUACUUAUGUAAACCUAUCCAAUCUCUCCCUCCUGUAUCUUUGUUGACAUUGCAAUCUUAAUAUAUAUUUGAAUAUGUACAUGUAAAAUGAUGACAAAUAAAUUUGUAAAUGAGAUAAGUACUUUAAUCACCAAUAAUUCCAAUUUGUCCAGUGUCCAGUAUUACUCUAUAUAUAGUUAUUUGUGCCUUUCUGUCUGGGUCUUUUUGCUUGAAGUGUAGAUAAGGAAUAAAAGGCUGUGAAUUUUACACAUAUAAAUAUGGUAUAAUCUUGUGUUUCAUUGGAGUUGAUGUCGGGGAAGGGGUAGUUUUAUGAUUUGUAAUUUUUGUUUUUGUUUUUUAUUUUUUUUUAGUUUUGAAGUCAGGGUCAGCAAAAAAAGUUACCCAGAUGGUGCAGAAAGAGUGGGAUGUAAAAGAAAGCUUUGCCAAGCAAAUGCACUGAAGUCAUAUUUUUAAUAGAAAAACAGAUGAUUAGAUCAUAUGUGUGUACAGAUAGGAAGUAUAUGGUCCAUAUUUAUUGUAAUUUUAAAAUAUGAAAUGUUAUUUUGUUACAUUUUGUUUCAAACCAUUUUUGUUAUUUUUCCAAAGGUUUUGUAUUGGUCUUAUAUUUGCUUUUUUGACUUUGUUGUUUUAUGACUUGAAACUGAAUUAUGAAGACAGAGGAUACGAGAGGGACUUAUUGGUAGCAUCAGGUCGGAUGGUUAAAAUUCCCUGCAGGUUUGACACGAGUAACUUUCUACUUUCUUGAACCAAUAAACAUGCACCAGACUUUG